AUGAGACGAAACAUCUUUGGUGAGGGGGAGGAAGCUGAAGAAGAAGAGGAGCGUUCCAAGACUCCAGUUGUUAAGAAACGCAAAGUACCUCAUCUCAAUACCACGAAUGAUGAUGACGAUGAUGACGACUAUAUGAAGUACCCUAUUGAACCACAUUCAGUACCAACUAGUGCUGCUCGUACAUCGUUGUUCCAGUCAAAACACAAGUCUAUAGGUCAUACCAUGAUGGAGAAAAUGGGGUUCAAUGCAAAUACCCCAACCCUUCAAGAACCAGUAGGUGCUUCUGUUCACUUGAAACUAGAUCGUAGGGGAAUAGGAGCACACUCUGCUGCUGUAAUGACCAAUGAGAUGAAGAACGCUAAAUACGCUUCCUAUGUAGAUCGUUUGAAGAAAGCACAAUCACAAAAGAACUUGGACCUUGAGAUAAAAGCUCUUAGAAAAUUGUGUUAUGAUAUGAGCGGAGAAUACGAAAUGGUCUUAGAUAAUACCCUUAAACCACAAGAUACUAAUAUACUUUGGAGGUCUUAUGCCUUGGAGCAACUGGCAAAACUGAAACUUAAACAACAUGAACGAACGAGAAUAGAUACAAGUAUUGCUUUUAACCCCCCUAUUCAACCAUUACAACAAGACGAAGAAUCAAAGUCAAAAUCAAUGAACACUCGUAUUGCUGGUAUUGCGGAACACGGUACAUUGACAUCCAAGAUCUUACGGAGAACUGUCCUGGUGUGA